AUGGUCGUUCAGCAUUGGGGCACCAUCGCAAUCGGAGUGCUCGCUGUAUACCUUGUGACUAGACUCCUUACGUUUAAAAAGCUUCCAGCGCCUCUCCCACCCGGACCUCCGCCCAAACCAAUUAUCGGUAACUUGAAAGACCUUCCUCAAAAUGGAGAGAGGGAUUGGGAGCAUUGGCUGAAGCACAAACAGCUAUAUGGGCCGAUUAGCUCCAUAACUGUGCUAGGUCAAACGUUUGUUAUUCUAAAUGAUGCAAAGCUCGCAGUCGAGCUUUUUGAAAAGCGAUCCAAGUGGCAUUCCGAUAGACCUCCGAUGUUCUUUGCGACCGAGAUGGCCGGUAUCGGAGGCAUCCUGGGAAUGAUCCGGUAUUCUGAUCGCUCUAGAGCCAUUCAGAAAGCCAUGAGCAAGGAGAUUGGAUCGAAGGUAGCUGUUUCUCGUUUUCACGGGCUUCAGGAGGCCGAGACGCGCCGCUUUCUCCUACGGGUGCUUGAGGCGCCGCAGGAUCUGAGAGAUCAUAUUCGGAAAGAGGCUGGCGCGGUUGUCCUCAAACUUGCAUACGGGUACACUGUCGAGCCGCACAAAGACGAUCCAUUGGUUGAGUUGGCAGAUGUGUCAAUGUCCUACUUUUCGUCCGUUUGUCGUUAUGGAGCUUGGCUGGUGGAUGUUAUUCCAAGUUUGAGAUACCUUCCUUCUUGGUUCCCAGGUACCGAGUUCAAACGCGUAGGCCAGAGGUCUAAGGAAGCUUUUGAAAACUUCGGGGGGAAACCAUAUAACUUCGUGAAGCAACAAAUGUCUCAAGGCACACAUCAUCCGUCGUAUCUGUCAAGCAUUCUAGAAUCCGAAGAUAUCGAGCCUGGCUCCGAGAAGGAAUACGUGACGAAAUGGUCAGCAGCAUCGAUUUAUGCCGGCGGCGCUGACACGACAGUAUCCACAAUGGCAUGCUUUUUUCUCGCGAUGGCCCUAUACCCUGAGGCUCAGAGAAAGGGCCAAGAGGAGAUCGAUCGUGUUAUUGGAAACCGUCUUCCCACCUUUGCCGACCGGGAUAAUCUCCCUUACAUCGAUGCCAUGGUGAAGGAAGUCCUCCGCUGGCACCCAGUUGUGCCGACCAACUUGGCUCAUGUUUCUACCCACGACGACAUGUGUCAAGGAUACUUCAUCCCAAAGGGCUCCAUAAUUCUCGCUAACCUUUGGGGUUUCACACAUGACCCAGACGUCUUUCACGACCCUAGGGAAUUCAAACCGGAACGCUACCUCGGUGACAACCCCGAGCCUGACUCGCAUCGGCUAGCCUUCGGAUUCGGUCGAAGAAUCUGUCCGGGACGCGUUAUGGCAGAUGCGGCCAUCUACCUCAAUAUCGCACAAUGCUUGGCAGCCUUCAACAUUGGGAAGAAAAUCGUCGAUGGGAAGGAAGUAGAGCCCCGAGUAGAAUUUCAGGCUGCGCUCAUCAGUCAUCCAGAACCAUAUGACGUGAGCAUUAAGCCCCGGAGCUCGAUGCAUGAGGAACUCAUUCGGGCGGUGGAGAUAGACUAUCCUUGGGAGAAGAGUCAUGCAGACGAGCUUGGUAAUAUUAAGGCCUAG